UUUGUUCCACCUCACCCAAACCAAACCCUUUUUAUCCAACUCCUAACAAAUCCCCCACCUCCCAACUUUUUCUCGCACACCCAAACCCCAAUCCCAGUCCCUAUCGUCCUCAUCACCGAGUCGGCGAGGAGUUUGAAGUUUUCGCUACUGCAGCUUUCGUUUGAGGUCUUGCAUCGGGCUUAUCCACUCUCUAAUAAAAGACGGAGGCGCUGCUGUCGGCUUUGAAAAAGAAUCUAGGCAGAUCCAGAUUGGGGGUGGAUUUGUCCAAUUUCGAUUCCCCCUUCUCACUUUCUUCUCUUUUGCUGGGGAAAUCAAAGAGAAUGGAAGGCGAUGGCUCCAAUAGCAGGCAGGAGAAGGAUGCGUUGUCGGCGCGGCGGAAGUGAGGAAGAAGAGUGUAUUGUUAUCAACGGCAGGGGCAGAAAUUAUUUCCUGGGUUUGGGGUUUUUCUAGAUGACACUGUAUUUUCUGGGUUUUGGGAAUUUUUUUCUAUACGUUACAAGA